UGCAGAUUAAAAAUAAGAAAUCCGCGAAUUGCUCCAAGAAAAUCCUUCAGUUUCGGAAUCAUGACUUCUAAAUUUACGUUUGGCCUCCUCUUCAUUUUGCUAAUUCUAGCCAAGACCCAGGCGGAUGUUUGUCCUCAUCCUAGAUUUAUCCGAGAGCAUUUAUGUACUGGCUGCAGUACAACAGAAGAGGCAUUGGCAUUCAGUGGAAGUAAACCUCUAAAUACGGUAUUAGCUGUUAGUUCAGAUCCAGAUUACAACCAUGAUGGAAUGCAUGCUAGGCAUCAAGAAAGUGUAUGUACUGUGAAUAAUGCUCGAAUAGAUACUGUUUGGCAGUGCAGGGGAGAUCGAGGCUACUGCAAUGCAAUACAUCAGAAUGUGAAAUGUAGUUUUGAGCAUGCUACAAACAACGGACAUUUUUUCUACAACCAGUUAAUCUGCAAUAAUUAGUUGGUCAGCGAAUCAGCAACAGUUCAUAAUUAAUUAUAAAUUGAUAAUAAAUAAAUAAAUUAUCUUUUAAUUCUU